CAUAACUACUCAGUUGUACCAAUGCAGUGCAAAAGAAGCCACAGACAACACAUAAACUAAUGGCAUGCUGUGAUCCAAUAAAAGUUCAUUUGAAAAACAGGCAGUGGGCCAAAUUUGGCUCCCAGACCAUAGUGUGCCAACCUAUGCUUUAAAGUUUUACUCUACAAAAUAAAAGCUCAAAACACAUUACUAUCUCAACAUCUUCCUUGAUAGCAUGAAACAAAAGUGAAAAAACAGGAUUUGGUACUUUGAGUCGAGCCAGUGGUGCUAUGUGCACAGCAGUAGCCUGAAAAAAAUCAACAAAAAACCUGCAUAAUGUCAAACCAGAACAUCCUGUUUACAGAAGAAACUAACCUCAAGGCCAAAGAUAUUUAUGGUAGAGCAUAACGCGGGAAAGUGCACGCGGGAAAAUAAGAUGUUGGGAAACAACCACGAGGAAGACAACAGUCAUGUUUUUGUGUUACCCAGAUGCCCGGGACCCAGGUAUAAAGACCACCAGAGAAGCGGCUUCCAGACAUCACCACCCUCCUCCCCAGUACCAGCCCAGCCACACGCCAUCAUGUGCCAAACCAGCUGCUCCCCAGGCUGCCAGCUAACCUGCUGCAUACCCAGCCCCUGCCAGGCAUCCUGCUACGUGCCGGUGAGCUGCCAGUCCUCCGUGUGCGUGCCCGUGAGCUGCACGCGCAUUGUGUGUGUGGCCCCCUCCUGCCAGCCCUCUGUGUGUGUGCCUGUGAGCUGCAGGCCUAUCAUAUACGUGACUCCCUCCUGCCAAUCUUCUGGGUGCUGCCAGCCCCCCUGCACCACUGUCUUCUGCAGACCCAUCUCCUGCAGCGCCCCUUCCUGCUGCUGACCAGCUGCUCCUGGUACACAGGGGUACACACCUGUAUCCCUCCAUGAACUAGCAUCUGGUGGACC